AUGAUAUUAAAAAAAGAAGGUAUAGUAUUACCAAGUCAUGUGUUACAAAGAAUAGCAGAAGAAUGUGACUAUGAUAUCAGAUCAAUUAUCAAUAAUAUGCAAUUAAUUUGCUAUAACGUUGAUGAUCUGUCUGCUAAAACAGGCAAAUUAACUGGAUAUGAAAACAUUUUUGUAAAAAGUAGGCGCAUUUUACAGAAUAGGAUUAAACUCAAAGAAUUGGAAGAACUGCAUGAAAUGUAUCUGCCAGAGAACAUUCUAUCUGGAAUAGAGGAGAAUGUAAAGAUGGAGACGUGGUAUAAGGCAACAUACGCAUUAUCAGAGUGUGAUUGUUUUGAACUUGAUUUCAGGUUCUUGAGUUUGAAACCAUUAUGUAAUACAAAUUACAAAUAUAAAUAUAAGCGACGUAUCACAACUACAACAGAGAAAUACGACAGAGAUAGAACAUUUUAUAGCAAAUUAUACGAAAUAGAUCAGGCCAGGGAGCACUUGCAGGACAUUCUCAAAAAUGUAGAAAAUCCAAAUGAAAUUGAACAGGCGAUAUUGAAGAAACCAGUUAAAAUGAAACAGGUUGCUGAAAACAAGACAUUGCGAUAUGUUUUUAAGAAGACAGCAACCAACGUGAUCAAAAAGGACAUUUCCUAUGCUGAAUUCAUGGACUUUUGA